CUUUCUGUUAUUUUGCCUGUUGGUAGCCGAGGCCUACUGUUUGUUCGUUUUGCUUAUCCAUCUUUUGUUUUGUUGAAGAGACAAGGGAUAUUGUUUCUCCGAAAAUCAUCUUGAGACCUAUUUAUUCAUUGGCAAUUUUCUGUUGGCUGUUGAACGAGACCUAUUCCUUGAACUCUGGCUGUGCCAGUGUUGUGGGGACACAGGUCUGUUGGUAUGGUGUGUUUGGACCAUAAUGGGAUGCAAGUUCUGCAUUAUUCAACUACUCAACAAGUACAGAAUGUCUGAAACAGGACUUUAAAUAGGAAGGCAAAAUCUUUUUUUCCUGAAACCAUAUUUUCAAGGAAGAUCAUUUUUGUGGAUUUGACAACAAGCACUGAAGAAUAGUCUACAGUCAUUAUGCAUUUUUUUAGUAUUAUAGCUGAACCUAAAAUACUGAGAACUUGUUGACUGGAGGCCUGUGGUGAAAGAUCACUUGGACCUAUUUCUGUGCCUGUCAAGUGAUGCAGUUGAUGAGGAGGCAUGAGAUGUAGCCUAGGUCACUUUCGGCUUACGGUCUGAUCAGUGAGAAGUCCCUGUGACUGUGAAUGUGUCUGUGAGGUACAUUAGGAUGAGCGGGCUCCGCUCUAUCGCUGCCUGCGGGGACUGAGAGACACCGCUCUGUACACAGCAGUCGAUGCGGUCUUCCACCGCAUCACCCGUGGCUGAGAAUCCAGCAUGUCUCGCGUCUCCACCACCGCCAAGCGCUACACCGGCUCCUCCUAUACCAGUACCUAUAGCUCCUAUGGCUCCUCCCUGACGCCAUCCUCCCUCAGCUCCUACACCUCCGACCGGGACAGGCUGCCCUCCUACAGGAGCAACGCUGCCUCCUCCUCUGGCUACUCCUCCUCCAGCUACCUGAGCAGCGCCGCCAGCCGCGCCCGCAACUACAGCACCUCCUUGGAGCUCGACCGGGGCCGGCCCAUCCCCCGCACUGACCUCCUGAGUAGCAGCAGCCGGCGCAGCGAGAGCCUGAGCCGCACCCCGGUGAAGACCUAUGGCUCGUCGGGCCUGAGCGGCGGCUCCGGUUACACUGGCUACAGCAGCUACUCCUCGUCCACCACGCCCAGCCGCUCCAGCUACCUCUCCUCGUCGCCUGGCGCAUCCAGCAUCUCCCUCAGCCGCCGGAGGUCGUCGAGCCAGAGUGACCUGACGCGGGACCUGUCGUCCCUGGGCCUCAACGAGCCCACGUCCCCUUCCUCCUCCUCCUCCUCGAGCGCCCUGAGGGGUUACCGGAGCAGGGCCAGCGAUGUGGCCGACUCCUACAACAGCAGCCUGCAGAGCUCCAGCUAUGGCCUGUCCCACAGCGCCACGCAGGAGGCCUUGAGCAGCAGCAGCCUGAAGAGCGGUGGUGGUAGCCGCUUCACCUCCUCCUACGAGAGGAGCGACAGCAGCAACGGACGACCCAGCUCCCCCACCAGGGACUCCCCGAACUCCAAGAGUGCGCAGGGCCUGGUGGGCCUACGGAACCUGGGAAAUACCUGCUUCAUGAACUCCAUCCUGCAGUGUCUCAGCAACACGCACAACCUCCGGGACUACUGCCUCCACAACUCCCACCGACGCGACCUUAACAAAAACAGCCGCACCAACACCGGGGCACUCAUGGAGGAAUUUGCCAAGCUCCUCCAGACCAUGUGGACGUCGUCGAGCAGCGAGGCGGUCGGCCCGUCGGAGUUCAAAACUCAGAUCCAGAGAUACGCCCCCCGAUUUGUGGGAUACAACCAACAGGAUGCCCAGGAGUUCCUGCGCUUCCUGCUGGACGGGCUGCACAACGAGGUAAACCGGGUCACGGUGCGGCCGCGGGGCAGCUCAGAGGACUUUGACCACUUGCCUGACCGGGAGAAAGGGGAUAGAAUGUGGAGCAAGUACCUGGAGAGAGAGGACAGUAAAAUAGUGGACCUGUUUGUGGGUCAGCUGAAGAGCUCGUUGACAUGCAGCACGUGUGGCUACUGCUCCACUGUCUUUGACCCCUUCUGGGAUCUCUCUCUACCCAUCGCCAAGAAGGGCUACGGAGAAGUGAGUCUGAUGGACUGCAUGAGUCUCUUCACCAAAGAGGAUGUGCUCGAGGGCGAUGAAAAACCAACGUGCUACAGGUGUAAAGCCAGAAGAAGAUGCACAAAGAAGUUCACUGUACAGAAAUUCCCCAAGAUCUUAGUGCUUCAUCUGAAACGCUUCUCUGAAGCGCGGAGAACCAGCAAACUGUCCACAUUUGUCAACUUCCCCAUGGAGAAACUGGACCUCAGGGAGUUUGCCUCGGAAAACAGCAUAAAUGCAGUUUAUAACCUGUACGCAGUGUCCAAUCACUCAGGCACGACCAUGGGUGGCCACUACACAGCGUACUGUCGCAACCCCACCUCGGGAGAAUGGUACACGUUCAAUGACUCCAGAGUAACGCCAAUGUCCUCCAGCCAAGUGCGCAGCAGUGAUGCCUACGUGCUGUUCUACGAGCUGGCCUCCUCCUCGCGGAUGUGAGGGCCUCCCGGAGGAGGAGGGCACUGCAGACGGGAGGGAGGAAGAGGAGGGCAAAGCCAGUUCCAUUAGGACUAAUCACAUCCACAACAGAGAGAGGCUACUACUUCCCCAACUUCAUCCACAACAGAGAGAGACUACUACUUCCCCAACUUCAUCCACAACAGAGAGAGGCUACUACUUCCCCAACUUCA